AUUUUGGUAUCGCCUAAGACGGUAGCGUUGUGCAUCUCCCUACUCAUCUCUGGUAAUAUACUUAUGUUCUUUGCUCAUUGGGAAUAAUAGCUAUAAACGAAAGAAAGGAAGGUUAACAACGCACCAAUUUCAAUAUUUACGACUCCUUCUCGUCGCUUAAUUUAUACACGCAGAUUAUUAAACUAUCCAGGAUGCCUCUUCCUGCUGCGUUAGCUGCACGACUUGCAAAAAGAGGCCUUAUAUCCGGUGCAGAAAAACACGAAUCAGCAAAAAGAGAAUCAAAGAAGAAGGUUCACGAGGAAGUUAUUGCUGAAGAUUACGACAAUGCUAAAGAUGAAAUAAAUCAAAUUGAUCUUUCUCAAAAAUUUAUGGGAUACAGUGGUUGCCCGAACAAGUAUAAUAUUUAUCAUGAAUGUAACAAAAAAUGUAAGGAAUUAUGGGGAGUUGGACAUUUGCAACCAUGUGAAAAAUAUCUAAAGUGCCAGACUCGCUUAAUUCAGAAGUAUCCAUUACCUGAAACUUGGAAAUCUGUAUAUGAUCCAGGAUCUGGACAGCAUUAUUAUUGGGAUUGGGCUUCAGAUUUAGUUUCAUGGUUACCUCCAGCUCAUCCAAAAUGUCAAAUAUCUCAACCUGCCUCUCAAUUACGUGAAGAACUACAUCUUAAAGCUGCUGAUCAAGAUGACAAUAUGUCAAGUGAUGAUAGUGGUAGUGACCAGGAAUCUAUGGAAGUUAGUCUUUUUUAUAUAUUAUGCCAUAUCCUUUUCAAUCUAAGAAGAAAGUAUAAAAAUGACUGUCUUUUACAGAUAGAUGAGAUUGACAAUAAGAAGGAACAAAAAUCUGAAAGUCGGGAGAGAUAUAAAAAUACUGACAACCGUAGAGUUCAAAGGGUGGAAAACAAAGACAAAAAGGACAGAACCUUGGAUCCUAUGGACCCCGCAUCUUACAGUGAUAUUCCUAGAGGUAAAUGGUCAGAUGGCUUAGUUCGCCACAACGAAGCCAAGACCGGUGCAGAUACAACAGCAUCAGGACCAUUAUAUCAAAUGAGGCCUUAUCCAAGUCCAGGAGCUGUCUUGCGAUCUAACAGAGCAAACAAGAUAGAAGCAGAAGCAACUGGAAAAGCCAAAGUCUCCUUUCCAGAAAAGCCUGAAUAAAUAAUACAAUAUUCCUAACAGCAAUAAAUUAUUUAUAAUUCUCCCUUUGAAUAACAAAGAAUUCUGUCAUAAU